AUGCUUUUGAUACACUCUUGGAGCUUUAACAUGCUACAAUUGUGGGGUUUGUCACGACCCCGACAUUGGGUCAGCGGGUGGAAGAAACACUCUUACAACAUGCUCACGAUCAUUUCAAUAUUUUGCGUUUGGGCUUUCACUCUCACGGGUUUCAUGCAAAUAAUCAUGUCGCCCAGCUUCGAAGAGGCGGCCGAAAACAGCUUCGUCGCUCUCACCAUGUUCGGAGUGUCCUGCAAAAUGGCUAAUUGGAUCCUCAGAUCCGACGACAUCAGCAGUGUCGUCGAUAUUCUCAAUAACGACGUGUGCCGCCCUCAAGGAAACGAGGAAUUGGCCAUACAAAUGAAAUUCGACAAACUUAGCAGGAACAAUACUAUGUUUUUCGGCGGCCUGACGGAAGGAGCUGUGAUCGCGGUGACGAUAGGUUCAUUUUUGGAAAACGUUUCACAGCGAACUCUGCCAUUUCCGGCAUGGUUGCCUUUCGAUUAUACGAGCAAAUGGGGUUUUUGGAUUGCGUUUUUGCAUCAGAUUGUCGCACACGGAAUCGGAGCUACUAUCGGUGGUAUCCACGACGCACUUUUUCAUGGUUUGAUGAUUCAAGUUUGUGCUAAACUGAAUAUACUCAAAUACCGACUUCGCUCAAUACCCCAAAUGAUAGAACAUAAGAAAUCACGAGAGAGUAUCGCGAUUAGCGAAAGGGAAGAAAUCCGAACGUGUGUGCGACAGCACCAAGAAAUACACAAAUUUGUAAAACGUUCGAACGAAGUCUUCAGUAUUGUUAUGUUUAUACAAUUUUCUGUGAGUGCUUUCGUCAUAUGUAUGAGUACGUAUAUGCUCUCGAAAAUGACUAUGCACAGCGCUGGAUUUACAUUUCUUAUCGUCUACGUCAGCUGUAUGAUCGUACAAAUAUUUCUCUUGUGUUGGUACGGCAACGAGGUCAUAACGGAGAGUAUGGACGUGAGUAACGCGAUCUACGACAUGGAUUGGAACUCUUUGGGAUCGAGCACGAAAAAAGACUUGCGUUUGAUGAUGACACGAACGAAUUAUCGGCUUCAGUAUACCAGUGGCCACGUUAUUGUUCUGUCUCUCGAUUCUUACAACAGAUUGAUGAAACUGACUUACUCGAUGUACAAUUUGCUGCAACAAACAUCGUCGUAA